AUGAGCCAAGAAGCCAACCCAGACCAAAAGAGUGAUGCUCAAGAGAGUGCCGUCGAGAAUCAACCAGAGCAACCUCAAGAGGUUGAAGAGCAACCUAUUCAGUCGGAAGAUCAGCCACAGGAGCAGCUAGAGCAAACUCCAAAGAAGCAAACUAAUGAGGAAUAUAUGAGGACAAUGGAACAUCAUAACGAUUACGAUAAUAUCCCUGAUAACAAAUCUGGGGGCACUAAUCUUGCGAUAACUCAGGGGAAUUUCCAUCCUCGAAGCACCUUCCACGCUAGAAGCACUGAAAGAAGUGGUGCAGGUUCUCGCCGCUUUAGUAAACUAACCUCAGGUUGGAAUGAUAGAUUCCAUAUGUCACCUUCAACACAUAAUAAAAAGUCUCACACUUUUUAUAAAGAGUUCUUUAGUAAACCAACAAGAAGUACCCAAACAAAUAUCUUGAGGCAUAAGAAGUUCAUCGACCCUUACCUGCUUAAUGAGAGAAAGUCGAGGAUUCCAAAAUAUUCCAAACUUUACAAGCAGAGGGACUUUCAGGGGGAGCUAAACUGGGUUGACAAUUUCUCAGUCACUUCCUCGAAGAACAAUGGUCAGCUCCAUCACACCUAUAAGGAAUACUUCGAUAAGCCACUAAGCUACAAAGGGCACAUCACUGUUGCGACUAAAUAAAGGUGUUGGAGAAAUCGGAGGGAACCAUCAGAUUUCCAUGCACAAGCCGACAGCGACACUACAUGUUCUGAGACAAGACAGUAGUAACAAGUACACAAUCCACAAGGACGUCAGCAAAUCAAUCGAGCAUAAUGCGAUGAUUCCUUUCCUAAGAGACCAUAGAGAGAAGUAUACUCUCGGUAGGAGGUCUCUCAAGCAAGCUAAGAAGCUCAGAACUAAAUCUGAGAUCAAGAGAAACUUCGAGAAGGAGAAAGGAUGGAACAGAAUUGGUUUCCCCAUCUCCUUCCACAACGAAAAGAGCUUCUUCAAAAUAAAGUUUGAAGAUAUCUAACUACACAAUUGCUGGUAACUU